AUGUCGGAACAAAAACCAAGAGAGACAGCUGUUGGCUUGCAUGCUAGUUGUGAAGCAAAUCAAAGAAUAUACAGAGGCGAAAAUCAUAAAGAAAAAUACAAAAAUACUUUUGGUAAAACUGGAACAGAAAAGAUAUUUUCCGCAAGAAGUGAGUUAUCUAAAGAACAAAAAAAUUUUGCAACAACAUCGAAGUUGUUAUGCUUAUAUCCAAUUAUUGACAAUGGCGACAUAAGACUUAGUUGCAGAAUUUCAGUUAAAGUUUACGACGAAAGUCUGACAAAACCAGCUAUCUUGCCUAAACUUUCUCGUUUCAGUAGGUUGUUAAUAAUUCAGGCUCAUACUCUACAUGGAGGUGUGAAUGUAGAACUAGCAUACAUACGAAAGAUAUACUGGAUGAUACAGGGUCGUCAACUAAUCAAAAAUAUAGUAAGUCAAUGCAUAGUAUGUAAAAAGGUCAGAGUUAUAAGAGCAGUCCAUUUGGAACUGGUGAAAAUUCUUACAACCAACAGGUGUAUUGAUGCUUUAAGACGGUUUGUAGCGCGUUGCAGUUGUCCAGAAACAAUCAUGUCAGAUAAUGCCAAAACAUUUGAAAGAGCAAACAAAGAACUUCAAAAGCUAGAAACUUUACUUAAAUCCGAAGAAUUUCAGAACAUACCAGCCCACAAAGGUUUUUCAUGGAAAUUUAUAUCAGAAAGAGCAGCAUGGUGGGGUGGAUUUUGGGAAAGAUUAGUGAAAAGUAUCAAGAUAUGUUUGAAGUCAGCUAUUGGAAAAUUGAUGUUGACGUACAAUGAACUGAACACAUUAUUGACAGAAGUUGAAUACGUUAUAAAUAUUCGUCCUUUAACCUACAUAACAUAUGAUGAAAAGGAUUUAGAAGCUUUAACACCAGCGCAUUUUUUAAAUUCGUGA